AUGCCGAAUGCAACCACGUUUCCGAUGGACCCAAUCGACCAGGCCGGUGUGACGGCCAUGGCGACGGACGGCCUCACGCACCUCAUUCGGUGGGCGCAGCAGACGCCCGAAGGCAAGCUCCUCCCCAAGACCGCUACGUGGACGUACGAGGCGUGCCGACAUGUCGUCGACCUGGCCGGCGUCGGCACACUCGACGACAUCAUUCGCGUCUACGAGGAGCCAAGUGACGGCAGCAGCCUCCACUUUGACAAGUCGCGGCUCCUGCUCUCGCUCCAAAAGACCCGUGCGAUGCGGCUCUCGCUGCGCUGGGGGCUUUUCCGCGCGCCGUGGCCGUUCAUGCGCGACCGCUGCGCCACGUAUCUCGAGUGCUCCAAGACCUUCAUCGACGCGCACGGCCGGCGCGGGUACGCCAGGUACAUUCGGUCGCACCCGACGACGGCGGCGCACCACAACUACGUCUCGGCCGACGUCCGGUCGUGGGGCGUCGUCGUCGUCGAGACGGCCGAGCCCGGUGUCUUUACCGCCAGCAGCACGGUCGACAUUGACUGGAAGGGCACGAUCUCGUCGACGAUCGCGACGCGCAUGACCUCGAAGCGCGCGCAGAGCAUUGCUCGCCUUGGCGCUGUGGUUCGCGCGGCGCUGCACAAGGCGCCGGCCCGCUGCAGCAGCUGCAACGAAAAGCCUCUCAAGGUCGACGGCCAACUGGUGCUCUGCCAUUUGACCAAGAAGGUUGUGUGCAGCGGUUGCCGCGUCAAGGCGACCAGCCUCGGCCAGAUCAGCCUCGCCAGCGACAAGGCCCGCAAGCGCGUGGGUCCUCUGCGUGCGAUCGAGGCACGCCCCGCCUAUUCGAUUCGACUCGGCUCGGCGACUCGCACCGGAACGAGCGCUGUCUAA